CGGAGGUGAAUAACGUGAUCAGUACAGUGUGUUUACAUUGUGUCGUCAGAAAGCAAGAAAAAACGGUCAACUUGAAAUAGCCCAGAUUCACAACGAGACCAAGAGGAUCUCUCCAUUCAACACCUCCAAAAUGAGACUGGUGAUCCUGGAGGACUAUGACCUGGCCAGUGAAUGGGCAGCCAAAUACAUCCGCAACAGAAUCAUCCAGUUCAAGCCCAGUGCUGACAGAUACUUCACUUUAGGAUUACCCACAGGAAGCACUCCUUUUGGCUGUUACAAAAAGUUGAUAGAGUUUCACAAGAAUGGGGACCUCUCUUUCAAAUAUGUGAAGACCUUCAACAUGGAUGAGUAUGUGGGCCUGCCCCGGGCCCACCCAGAGAGCUACCACUCCUACAUGUGGAACAACUUCUUCAAGCACAUUGACAUCGAUCCAGCUAAUGCCAGUAUCCUGGACGGCAAUAUCACUGACCUGGAAGCAGAGUGUGAGGCCUUUGAGAAGAAGAUCACCCAGGCUGGGGGAAUUGACUUGUUUGUGGGAGGUAUCGGACCAGACGGCCACAUUGCCUUCAAUGAGCCAGGCUCCAGUCUAGUCUCCAGGACCAGAGUGAAGACUUUAGCAAAGGACACCAUCGUAGCCAACGCCCGUUUCUUUGGCAACGACCUGUCAAAGGUCCCCACCAUGGCCUUAACUGUGGGUGUGGGGACAGUCAUGGAUGCCCGAGAGGUUAUGAUUCUUAUCACUGGAGCCCACAAAGCCUUUGCCCUGUACAAAGCAAUAGAGGAGGGGGUCAACCACAUGUGGACCGUCUCAGCCUUCCAGCAGCACCCACGCACCAUCUUUGUGUGUGACGAGGACGCCACACUGGAGCUCAGAGUCAAAACAGUCAAGUACUUCAAAGGUUUGAUGCAUGUUCACAACCGACUGGUGGACCCGGUACUCAGCAUAAAGGAUCAAUAAUGGACAAUAAAACCAAGUCAAAGAAUUCCAGACCUCAAAAUGGUGGAUGGACCCAGUUGUUGGUAGGCUACAACCAGCAUGACAAUGUGCCAUAGAGAUUGUUUGUCAGCACUUCAGUUGAGGGGCUGUGGUUUAAGGCUGCCAUAACAACUAACCAAGCAUUACAGUGCAUGAGAUUUGCUCAGUUUGUUACAUUGCAUUAGGAUACUAUGAAUGCUAACUGUAAAUGCCCCCUCAGCUGAUAUGUUAAAGAUGCCAUGAAUUCUCAUAUACAACUGUUACCAAUAUAUUAUGAGGUCAGAAUCUUUGCAGUAUUAGUCUCAAACAGAUUUAUUUGCCUUCUCGGCUACUCUUCUUUCUUCCAUCUGCACAAUCUAGAGACGGGAUGGACGAAAGCAAAAUGCUUAGACAGCUCAGAUGAAAUAAAUCCAGUUUGAGUUGUUGAGACCUGUUUACCAGGGAAACAUACACCACUAUAGUUCCUUUACACUCCAUUCCAUGUCAUUUGUAGCUUUGAACGCUCCAUAGGUUUGUUUACCUGACAGUCAGUUAUACUUUCCAAGUUGCCACCGCAGUGAUUUGCACUCAAUAUACUGUCUUUUGUAUCUGAAAUGUCAUUCUUGGCCAUAUUGUAUGCUCUCACAAGAUUGUAUCGGCAAUCAUUUGAUGUCAAGGCAUCAUGUUAACUUUUAAAACAUCUCUAAUCAGUCAUUAAUUUACCUUUUUUUGUUGUUGUGGUUUUGUAGAACAUUCUACCAGAACAAGUAUGGUUUCAUUUCAAUGUAACUCAAUUUUUCCCAACUACUGGGCUUACAAGAUUACUGAGUCUUUUUUAGAAAUUAAUUGUGCGCAUACUGUACUGUAACUCAUAAAAAGGCUUUAUACCGGCUGUAUUUGUAUUUUGAAAGUUAUGUAUCUUGAAAACUUGAUUGCUGGUAUGCAAAACGUUUUGGAACUAUAUCAGCAAUGGACUAAUGAAAAAAAUACCAAAAUAUAGUUUUUCUAAGUAAUUAUCUCUCAAGGUAUCGGACCAGACGGCCACAUUGCCUUCAAUGAGCCAGGCUCCAGUCUAGUCUCCAGGACCAGAGUGAAGACCUUGGCGAAGGACAACAUCGUAGACAGUGCCCGUAUCUUUGGCAACGACCUGUCAAAGGUCCCCUCAUAAAUGGUUUAGUUCUAUAAUGUCAAUGAAGAAAUAUCAAUUAUUUAGUAUUACUUAUUCAGAGUUGUAUACUCAGGAGUCAGAUUUAUAGAGGACAGUAUAUUAUCUAGUGCAAAUAUUGACUUUUAAGAGUUUUACAUUCCUUUAUCUGAAAUUCAUGAUACACAGGGGAAUGAAGGCAACACUAUUGGGAGUGAAAUAUGAAUUUCUAGUUGCACUGUUGUACACUAGGUGUCACUCUCUACUAAGAUACAAAAUCAGGGGCCAGUACCAAUUGAUGAGAGGAAUAGUAUACCAUUUUUUGCAUGUUCGUGCUCAUCUGUACUGUGCUGGCUCAGAUAUUUUUGACAUUGUCAUUCCCAGCAUGGCUCCAGAAACUUUAGUGGAUGCGAAACCAGGCCAGCACUGUACAGCUUGGUUCAUUAGACAUUUUCUAUAGCUUUUCCUUCACUUUGAAAGCAUGGAGUAGAUAUUGUUUAGAUCUUUCUUUUGAGAUUGUCUUUCUACAGCUUUAGAUUUGUCUGCAUUAGUUCUAUACAAUUUAUGCUUAUUACUAAGGCGUCUUCUAACAAAACAAUACACUGUAAAUGGAUUACA